AUGAUGUUUACCAUAUUCCUCAAGUGUUUUUCUAAAAGAACGAUUGGAUCAGAUUAUGCGAGCAAGCUAUUUCACACGUUGAUGUAUGCAAUCUAUAUUGGUGAGAAGAUUAAACUAGGUCAAGUUCUUCGGACUCAAUUCAUUCAAAGUCCAACUUCUACUACAAAAGAUUCAGAGAUUUCAUGCACUAUAUUUUCCUCAAUUUUAGUCAAAAAUGCUCGAGAUCAUUAUCGAUUUCCACAUGCAAUGGAUGUUUGUAUGGAUGUAAAUCCAAAGAUGAAUGUGGGGACUUUUUUAACUACUGAUGACACAAAUUUCUCUCAUAUUGGUUCAGUUAUGGAGGUUAUUCUUGCUAAGGUGCCUUCAAAUAAUGAAAUCAUCAAGCUCUAUAAGUUCAUUCCCAAAUUUGAUGAAAGGGGUAUUCCUACUUCAUUACAAACUAUUCUUGAUGUUGGAGUUGUACUACGAAGGGUUAGGGGUAAACGUAAAAUGAAAGUUGUGGAAGAGGUUUUCACUACGAAGUCUAAGCCAUAA